AUGACUCUAAAAUACCUCAUCACCGGUGCCACGGGUGGACUCGGCAAAGAAGUCCUCUCGUAUUUCGAAGCCCAUCGGCCUUCCUCCGAAUACGCAGCAGCCUCGUCUCGGGAGUCAAAUCGAAAGCAAUUCGAGGACCGCGGGGUUUCUUUCCGCCAUGUCAACUACGAUGACCCGCAAACAUUGGAUGCGGCUUUCCAGGAGGUGGAGAAUCUGUUCUUCGUCAGUACCAACGUCUUCGACAAUGAGAGGCGGAUCAAGCAACAUCGAAAUUUUGUCGAUGCAGCUAAAAGAGCGGGUGUCAAGCAUGUGUGGUAUACCUCCCUCGCGUUUGGAGGAUUGAAAUCCGACUCGAAAGCCGCGAUCCAGAAAGCCCAUCUGCAGACGGAAGAUCUACUGAAAGAAUCGGGUGUCACCUUCACGUCCAUCCGCGAAGGAGUCUACACGGAUGCCUUUCCGUUAUUCUUGAACUGGUAUCCCGGCAGCACUACGGUCUCGCUUCCCGCGGACGGCCGGACUGCCUUCACACUGCGGAAGGAGCUCGGAGAAGCCAAUGCCCGUCUGAUGCUGCAGGGAGGCCACGACAACGAGAUCGUGCUCCUGACUGCAGAAGAGACCAUCAGCUUUGCCGAGGUGGUCGAUGUCAUCAACGAGACGACGGGUCGACGUGUCAAAUUCCAACUGGUCGCCCCGGAGGAGUAUGUGCGGUUGAACGCGACGAGCGACGAGGGCGGGAAGCCCGCAGAAUUCUUCCAAGCGCUGGUGUCGUGGUAUGACAGCGUGGCCCAGGGGGAGGUGCGCUACACCGACCCGUUGAUGAAGGACGUGCUUGGACGCGAGCCGAUGAAGCCCCGCGAGGCGAUUCGGAAUCUGUUGCUGGAGAAUCGGGAUUAUACCUGGCAUCAGAAUUACGUCGAUCACUAA